CGUAGCUCCUGUUUAAUUCUGAAAAUAAAGCGCUAUUAUGGAUCGCCAAUGUCAGCCGACACUUCAAAUUGACAUUCGUGAAAAUAGUUAACUAUGGCCUGAUUUACAUAACAAUGUUUUCAACAAAGAGCAUAUGGCGCCUUUGGCCUAAAAGAAUUAACAUUGUGGCUUUGGUAAAUUGCCCAACAUGUUAGAUGAAAGUUGACCAUUUCGCUUGUUACGACCAAAACACGCAAAGAAACAACAGAUGAAAAUUAUGAAAAGUCUUCCGCAGUAUAGAAACUCAAAAAUGUGAAUAAAAUAUGCGAGAACUUCACUGGCUCUACCGCUGACUCAAUGUUGGCUAAUUUGGCGGCUAGUGUAACGUCCGUUAAAACGAGUAGACCUGGGAACGAGAAUGCUUCCGGGAAGUGGAAAACAUUAAAGAUUGAUGACAUCGAUCGCGUUCGACGUGUUUCGGCGAAUUUCGAAAACCUCACCGCCCACAGCUAUGGAUUCGCAAAGAAAACAUCGACAGCAACAGAAGAUGCUUCACACAUUGAAUUCGUUUCGAAAGUCUCAAACAUUUUGCGAUGUGUUUCUCGUUGUCGACAAUUCUCGACUACCCGCUCACAAAGUUGUACUCGCUGCGAGCAGUCCUUACUUCAAAGCUUCUUUUACGAGCGAGUUGCCGGGAGGAAAAUCGGGCAACGAAUUCCCAGUUGAUAUACCGGCGUUUCUUCCAGACAUUGAAAGCAUCGAGGAACUUUUGAACUAUGUUUACACCGGGGAGGUUGAAAUUUCCGAAGAGAAUGCCAAGAAACUGUUCGUUGUCGCCGAUUUUUACGAUAUUCUGAGCCUGAGAGAGGCUUGUGCUGAGUUUUUGCUGAUCAAUCUGAAGCCUUCAAACUGCUUGGCGAUUCAGAUCUUUGCCGAGAGAUACUGCCAAUCAUUACAUGAAGCCGCUUCGGAAUAUAUUUGCAACCAUCUUGGAGACAUUUGGAAAACAGAGGAGUUUUUGUCUUCGGAUUUCGAGGAUGUAACAGAGCUAAUUUGUAGCGAAAGACUUGAUGUUAAAAUGCAAAGAAACGAAAAGGAAGUUUUCGACGGAAUAAGGUCAUGGGUACAGCAUGAUCCUGAAACAAGACAGCAUUGCUUCCCGGAACUUUUCAGCCAUCUUCGCUUGUCGGCCAUGUCACUCCAAUUCAUCACGGAAGUCAUUGACCGUGACGCGUUCGUCACGCGAAAUCACGUCUGCGAAGGUCGGGUCACAGCAGAACUUGACGCACGAGGUGUCACGGAGGGUAUUGUGUUAUUGAACGAAAAUGGAUCCGCUUCUUGUUACAUUCCGACGAAAGAAGCCUGGUUUGAUUUGUCUAGAUCGCCGAGCUUCAACAAGGUAAGGGCAGUGACUGUCUGUGAAGGCAAACUGUACACCAUUGGCUGGUAUGAUGACCGUUUAACGAUUGAUAGAUUUGACCCUCAGGACAACAUUUGGUCGACAGUGCUAUGGAGGAUUUCCAACCUUCCUUUGGCGGCCGUGACGAUGGGAGACUGCAUAUACCUCUUUAAGGAAAAUGGCUUCACGCGUUACAAGCCAGUGGACAAUUCCUGGCAAGAUAUGGCCCCGAUGCGCUCAACGCGAAGGGGCUUAUGCGCGUUGUCGUUGAACGCGCUCAUUUACGCGAUCGGGGGCCACGAAGGACAGCAGGGGCUCAAUAGCGUCGAGAAAUAUGACCCAAGCAACGACCAAUGGGAAUACGUUGCAUCUAUGUACGAGAAGCGUUGCUCUGCAAGUGCGACUGUCAUGGACAAUAAAAUCCUUGUGGUGGGAGGUGAGGGUCAUUGUGUACCGCUUCGGACUUCUGAGGUCUACGACCCCACAGCAAAUGCGUGGAGCUUGCUCCAGGCCAAAUUAUGUGUUUUUCGUUCUAAGGCGGCCAUCACAAGCACAAGGAGGAAGAUCUUUGUGUUCGGUGGAGCUUACAGCAAUGGGAUUGUAGAAUGUUACGACAAGGAUCAAGACGAAUGGACAGAAGUUGGGCAGUGUCCGUUCUUUGAUUACGCGUGUAGCACGUGGCUUCCAAAAAGCUCUGUUUACGCCACUGAAAGGCGUCCCGCAUUGUUGUGGCGCUGAACAGAGGAGAGCAAGAUGGACAUAGAGAUGCAUAAUUUUGAUCUCAUGAACCAACAUGUUUAUUCGUACAGGCUUACAACCCUCUGUUUGCUUGGAUGGUAUGCCAAACCCAGCUAUGAUACUUUGAUACUAUAAAACACUAUUCGAUAAAUUCCAGGAAGAUGUUAGCAACGUAAGAAAAGUUUGAUUCGCUCGCACUGAAAUUUAAUUAAGAAACGAUCCUGAUACGAUACUUAAUUUCUUCACAAAGUUGCUUUUAGUCAGUUUGUGUUCCACACCAUAACAUCUCUGCCAUGAUUUAUUAUCACAUAUGUAUACAGUACACCGUUCAUGUUAAACUAACACAACAAAGCCCUUGUCGAGAAGAGACUCCCAGUCAAGAAUAUUUUGGAGACCGCUCCAACAUUCACUAUAGCCUUAUGUCCCAGCCGGGAUGAUAAGGAUGAGUGAGUGAGUGUCCAACAUUCAAGAGGUGGUCUUUGAUAACUCUCUGAGAUACGCUGGUAGCAGAAGCUUUCUGGCAAACUCCCACAGAUCAGUCCUCUCAGAAGCAUUGCUUGACUUCCUAUCGGAGAAAUGACCGAAACUCAGGAUUGGCUGACUUCUCCCUGGGUGAAUUCUUUUCAUUAUAUAUCUAGCUCCGUGAGCAGGCAAGAUAAAUCAAAUCCUGCACUGUGAUUGGCUACCCGAGCGGGCAGGAUGGAGCUAUCUUCUUCGCUCGGGACUACCUACCCCGCGUCCCGCAAAAAAAUUUCCCCGAAAGCCAUAUAAUAAAUCCUUUAUUGACCAAGCUUGUUCGGUCAAGAUGGCUGGAUAUUGGCCUCGUUCUUUUUUUGCGAUUUUAUGGACCUCGACUCCGUCGGGUUUUUUUUCUGUAAAUCCUCUGAUUCCUUGGAACAUGCAUUUCUGGAGUGUCCUGCUGGCCUAAACUUCUUUCAAAAAGUUCUUGCAUGGUUCAAUAAUGAGCACAGAGUUAACUUAAAACCAUCUAAAAUACAGCUACUAUUUAAGGACUAUGAUCUUCCCCCAAAUACAAGCCCAAACCUAACACGGAAGUUUGGGAUUUUAGUUGUGCAAACUCAAAAAUAUUAUUAUUCUAGCAAAAUGUUGGAAAAAACUUUCAAUUUUCUUGAAUUGAAGUCAGCGCUAUCUUUGCAAUGGAAAGCUGAAAAAUGCGAGAGUUAAAUUAAUUUAAUUCAAUUUGCAAUAUAUAAUCAGUCUCAGUGGCAAAAUCAGUUAUUAGUGUUUUACUACUAUUGUUAGAAUAUGAAUGUAAGAAGCA